GAUCGAGUUGCAUCCCACGCAUAGUUUCUCAGCGUGUUGGACAGCAUCCGCGCGAUCGCAUUUUAGUUAUUAGCGGUCCACGACAGUUAGCUGCCACGAGUCGACGGGUACGGUCGACUCGGCCGCUACAUCAUCCUGGAGCCCUUCCCACCGUUGCAACGCAGCCUUAUCAUAGCCCCUCGCUGCGCUGACGAAAGAAAGCGCGUGCGGAGAGAGGACCGCACUGACCCCGGUGUCCCCUUUGUGUGAGAGCCGCAUGUGACCUUUGACAUCGAACUCGCGACGAAAGCCUACCAGAAGGCGCCCGAGCGGUCGACGAUCUUCCCCUUCGAGCUCUGCUCUUCUAGAUUAUCACCGUCCACGAUAUUCGUGUCGGGAUUCCUUGACGUCUCUCUCAUCUCCCCUCAUCUGGGAACAUCAUGCUACCGAGAUUGACGCUGUCGGCUGCUCUGUUCCUCUUAACAAUAGUUUUAUUGUCCGAGGGAUGCGAGUUGGAUCAGAUGCGAUACGGAUGUCGUAUCUACAAUGCACAAUGCAGUUGCGGCUACGGCUGCAAAUCCGAAUACAGAUACAAUAACAAUGACGAUUGCAAGCUAGCGCUGAAAGGAAGACGUAGCGACAUAUGUUCUCGAUCGAAGCCUUGUCUGAACGAAGGCUCGUGUUCUCAAAUAUCAUCGGAGCCCGGAUUUAAAUGCCGCUGCGAAGGAACUGGAUUCUACGGCACUUACUGCGAGACACGUUGUCCACAAGCGGACAAUUUACUUUUCCAAGGACAAUUCCCUUACGAAUGCGUUAUAAUUUAAUUCGAAAGUUUUUCUUCUUAUUCUUUCAUCCUGAUCCAAAUUCGUCUUAAUAUGACACACACAUA